CUGCAUUGCUUGCUGUUUGGGGUUUUAGGCUGGGUUUCUGUACAGCACUUUGAGAUAUCAGCUGAUGUACGAAGGGCUAUAUAAAUAAAUUUGAUCUGAUUUGGAUGGUGGAGUGUGUACUCCACCUGUGGAUUUCUAUUCCAAGAGAAGAGGUCACUUAAGCGUACCUAAUUAGUAAAGAAAUUACCGUUGUGAUAGCGUGAUGUGACUAUUUUAUGCAGAAAUAGUUUGGCGAUUGGUCACAUUUGUAAGCCCUCACAUAAUAUGCAGGGAAUUGUUGAUUUUGCAAAAAACAAUGCGAUGACAGAGUACUGGAGUAAACUCCCAGUAAUCCCUGUGACUGCGUGUAGGUUAAGAUUGGGUUGUAUCAGUGUGAGACAUUCCUACCUGUCAGCUAGUAAUUGUUCUGUCUGGUGACAUGAUCAGAGUGGCCUGACUUCUUCCACUUAUUACAGAUGUCCGACUUAGAUAUGUUGAGCAUCCUGCUAUGAUGUCCAUUACCAAGCCGGAACACUCCGAGGCCAACCCUCAGUGCCAGACUGGCAGCCGGCCGGUGGCUGAGCCCGAGACCACUGCUGUUCACAAUAACAGUGGAGGCUGGCUCAGCUGGGUCUUUGGGAGUGGAAGAGUUAAUAAGAAGGAGGUUCAUCUACCUGAGGACAAAGACAGAUCUAUUGUCUGGGAUCCAACUCUGCACAGAUGGGUUAACAAAACUGAGCCCAAUGCUGAGAACAAGUGUGUACAACCACCUCCACGAAUGGGGACAUAUGGAUAUCAGGAGAACACUGGCAGUGUCCCCAAAGGACAGGUCUAUGGGGCAGCAGAUACCCUACAAUGCAUUACAAUGAUGAGACCAACUCAAAGCCUUGGGCCUGGACUGCUUCCUAGACAGCUCUCUGGCUUGCUCCCUCCUUCACACUUUGACCUCAUGGCACCAAUGGUUGUACCACCUGACACUCUACCCUACUGAGGCCAUUUGCCCAGAUUGGAUUUGCAAUACAUAGAUUUUUUCAGCAUUAAAAAACUUCAGCAUUAAAAAUGUAUUAAAAGAU